GAAGUAGACGUCAUCAGUGCCAACUGCCAGCCAACUAGUCUCGCUGUGAAGCUGUGCUUUCUAUAGCAAGAAAAGCACUUUUUCUUCGUCCUCUGCACGAUUCUGCACCUUCGUUCUAUUUUUUCUCUUAGGGUACGUUACGGUUCAGCGGCAGAGGAACAAGUUUUGUGUAAUUAUACCAUGCGAACGCUUUUCUGACCCAGCUGCAAUUUUUGCGUUUUCUGGUGGUGGUGAACGAAACAUUAUAAAACUGUUAUUAGUAGAGUCAUUCAGUAGUUAGUACAUAGUGGACGUGACAUUCAUUCAAAUCUACAAAUAUGUUCAUUUGGGACUGGUUUGCAGGAGUUCUGAAUUAUCUUGGUCUGUGGAAAAAGAGUGGCAAACUCUUAUUUCUCGGUUUAGAUAAUGCAGGCAAAACCACAUUACUUCACAUGCUGAAAGAUGAUCGAUUAGCUCAACAUGUGCCUACAUUGCACCCAACAUCAGAAGAACUCUCUAUCGGAAAUAUGAGGUUCACAACAUUCGAUCUUGGAGGACAUCCUCAAGCGAGAAGAGUUUGGAAAGACUAUUUUCCUGCUGUGGAUGCAAUAGUGUUUCUUGUCGAUGCAAGUGACAAAAGUCGAUUACCAGAAUCGAAAGCUGAAUUUGAUGCACUUUUAACUGAUGAACAACUCAGUGCAUGUCCAGUUUUAGUGCUAGGUAAUAAGAUUGAUAAACCAGGUGCAGCAUCAGAGGAUGAACUCAGAAAUUACUUCAAUUUAUUUGGUCAAACAACAGGAAAGGGGAAAGUUUCCCGCAGUGAAAUUCCUGGUCGUCCACUGGAAUUAUUUAUGUGCUCAGUACUGAAAAGACAAGGCUAUGGUGAAGGCUUCCGCUGGCUUGCUCAGUACAUUGACUGAAUGCAUACGAUAAUUUAAAUACUCAGAUUCUUGGCAGUUUAUUACAUUUCCCUUUCCUAUCGGAUAUCACUACAGAGGUGUCCUUUAUGGGAAUUGGCCAGUAGGGAAGGAGUAUCAUUUAUAAACCUGCAAUAACAGAUUACAGAACAGUGCAAAUGCAAAAAUAUCCAAAACGAAACUGACGAACGUGAUAGAACUGUACACUUUCUUUUGUUUUAAUACGUGGAGCCUACAGCACCAUUCUAUACGUAUCUUUUAAAUUCCAUACGAGUUCUGUAAAUUUUUGUCAUUCUACAAACCACAUCAUGGAAAUACUUGACAUGCUGAAAAACGAUAUAAACAUUUUGAUAAAUGAAAUAAACUAUUUAAGAACUUCAA